AUGGAUGUGGGAGCAUCAACUCCGUUCCUGUGGGCUUUUGAGGAGCGGGAAAAAUUGUUGGAAUUCUAUGAAAGAGUCUCGGGAGCCAGGAUGCAUGCCGGUUUCAUACGACCAGGUGGAGUGGCACAAGAUCUGCCUCUUGGCUUAUGUCGAGAUAUUGAUUCCUCCACACAACAAUUUGCUUCUCGUAUCGACGAAUUAGAAGAGAUGUCAACCGGCAACCGUAUCUGGAAACAACGAUUAGUGGAUAUUGGUACUGUCACUGCACAGCAAGCAAAGGAUUGGGGAUUCAGUGGUGUAAUGUUAAGAGGUCGUGCGACAUGA